AGAAGAUGACCAUGUUUCCUCUGCAGGCAACCGCAAAGUUGGUCAACUUAGUCCACGGUGUCGCUUUCGUGACUAAAGUUAACACAAUGAAUGCAUUAGCAGAUAUCGAUGGAUCCCUAACAAACCGCGGUUGCUGAAUGAAACCAGUGGGGACGUGUGUUCGCGACUACGCAUGCGCACUCCGGGCCGAAUAUCGAGCCGCCCUUCUUCUCCGCCAACUUGCACCGCAGGGUCGGGCGGACGUCGACUCACAACAACCCCGAGUUCAUUUGCUCGUCUUGUUGAAUAUUUGCCGGUAUAAAAAUGGAGAGCCCGUAUCGCGCCGAAAACGAUUCCCUUCUUCUGCUGCCGUCUCUCCGCCUCUUCAUCCCUCCUCUGCGCCUGGUGUCUGCAGCCAUGUGGCAGGUGGUCCAGCGGGGCAGCGUGCAGGACUACGGGAUGGUGGAGGAGUUCGUCACCACGGUGUCAGAGAUUGUGCCCGAACUCCUGAACGCGGAUCAGAAAGCUCAACUCCUCCUGGGCCUCAGAGCGCGGGUGGUUCUUGAAUUGUGUCGGGCCGAGCAGAUCCGAGACACGGAAACCAUCGAGAUGCACCUGGAGCGGAUCAGGGCCCUCGUCUCCACCUGGGCAGCGCAGCCGUGUUUUGCAGAAGUCGAGUUUCCAGAAUCCAACUUCGUGGAUCAAAUCGAGUUGCUGUUGAAAGACGCCGACGAGAAGGAGAAGUUCUUCCAGGAUGUUUUUCCUACAGAUUUUGGGCCUGAAUACGACGACGCUCUCCAGGUGCUGAUGCUGGAUUUUCUCUCCAGACUGGAGAAGCUUCUUCCUGUACCCGACAUUCAGCAGACGGCCUCCAUGCUCAGUGCGGUCCCGUCCACCCUGGAGGAGUGUGUGCACUCUGUUCCCGACCCUCAGCACCUGAGAACGGUGCUGCUGUACCACACCACACUCGGACAUUUGGAUCUAUCUGAUGAAACUCCGACCAUUCCUUCCUCCUUUGGGAACUGCAUCCUGUCGUCGCUGUCCCUCCCUCAGCUGGAGAAGGUUGUGAUCGAUGCAGACCAGAUACAGCUGCAGCCUCCGUCAGACCAGAUUCAGGGCUGCAUGACCGUCCAGGUGGAGGGCGAAACCGUGACUCUGCUGGACUACAUCCAGAUCGAACAGCCGUCGGGUCUUGUCGAGCCCGAUGAUGAUGAUGAUGAAGAAGAAGAAGAGGAAAAUGAACUAAACGAGGAGGAAGCUAACGAGGACAUCGGUGACGCCCUGACGCCGGCAGCUUUUCAGCCACUGAAGCAAAGCAAAAGGCUCCAGGUAAAGAGGAAUGCUUUGAAAGACAAAGACUCAGCGGCGGCUAAGAGGCAAAGAAAGAAAUACUCCAACGAUAAAACAUGUCCUGUGUGCAAUAAGAUUUUCCUGCGGGCUGCAGCCAUGAGGCGGCACCAGGAAACUCACUCUGCUAACAGGGAGUUCAAGUACAAGUGCGCCAACUGUGACAAACGAUUCAGGGACCAUUACGACAUGAACCGGCACAACAUGCGCGUUCACGAAAAGGACGAGCUCAGUCUCAGCGCCAAAGAGGAGGACGCAGGAGACGCCAGCACUUCUGAGAUGUCGGAAAACAAAAACUGCGCGCUGUGCGGGAAGUAUUUCGGCCGCCGGGUGGACAUGGAGCGACACAUGAGGUCCCACUCGGAGGACCGGCCGUACAACUGCUGCUUCUGUGAGAAGAAAUUUAAGAAUCCUUACGUUUUAAAGAGACACCAGCUGGAGAUUUGCAAGAGCAGAGAGCUGAAGAGGCCGAGGAAGAGAGAGACGCAGCGCUCCAAUCCACAGCCGCCGCCUGAGGGCUCGACGGAGGGCAAAGUCUGUCCCAUCUGCAGCAGGAUCCUGCCCUGCACUGCGGACAUCGCGAAGCAUCUACGGUCUCACACGGAGGAGCGGCCUUUUAUAUGCAUCGCUUGCGAGAAGGGCUUCAAGUACAAGGACACAUUGAAGAAGCACCAGAUCAUUCACGGCCACGAGGGCAUCAGAGAGGAGCAGAGUAAGACGGUGGAACAGAUUCUGGCCGAGGCCGAUACGGGCAACCUCGAUAGAAAAGAUAAAAAUCUGGAUGCUCCUGCCGACGCUUCUGAUGAACCCCCGUCGGCGCCUGCGCAAAGAGUCAAGAGAAAAGCUCCUAAAGUUUGCCCCGUCUGUUCUCGGGCGUUCGACAGCGUCAAAACACUGAACAGGCACGUGCAGUGUCACACGGAGGACCGGCCGUAUCACUGCAUCCACUGCAAGAAGCGCUUCAAACACAUGCACGGGCUGAAAAGACACCAGAUUUAUGCCAUUUGUCAUAAGAAAAUCACCCGCUUCUCGUGGAAGAAGGAGCCGAGAGCCGGGCCCAGCCAGAGCGAAGUGACCGGCGCCGACCCGCUGAAGAUCCCCGUGUGGUGCUCCAACUGCGGCAAACACUUUGAGUACCCGUCCGCUCUGAAGGAGCACCAGGAAAACGUCUGCAAAGUGGAAGUGAGUGAAAUCAUGAGAUGCGACGACUGCGGGAAGGAGUUCAAGAGCAUGACUAUGCUCAAGGUGCACCAGAGGAUCCACGAUCCGCUCUACUGCAAAGAGUGCGGCAAGAUCCUCGCCAACGAGCCCGCCUUCGAGAGGCACAAGCUCAUGCACCGGCCGAUGCAGUGCACCAUGUGCGACAAGGCUUUCACUCUGCUGAGGCGCUUGAGGGAGCACUACGAGAAGCAGCACGAGUUCACCGGGCCGUAUCCCUGCGCGCAGUGCGACAAAACCUUCAUGCAGCUCUCCUACCUCGCCAUCCACCAGAGAAUCCACAAGGGCGAGUUCCCCUACAUAUGCAGCAUGUGCCCCGAGAAGUUCCGGUCCUCCAACUGUCUGACAGUGCACCAGAGGAAACACACCGGGGAGAAGCCCUUCCUGUGCUGGCAGUGCGGGAAGUGCUACCGCUCGGCCUCGGAGCUCACGGUGCACAUGGGGACCCACUCGGAGGAGAGGCCCUGGGCUUGCGCGCAGUGCGACAUGGCCUACCGCACCAAGCUGCAGCUGACCAACCACGUCGAGCAAAUCCACAUCGGCGUGCGGUACCCCUGCAACAGCUGCGGGAAGCAGUUCAUGAAGGAGACGUCGCUGAAGAGGCACGAGCUCAUCCACACGGGUGAGAGGCCUCACCAGUGCACGGUGUGCGGCAAGACCUUCCUGACCGCCAACGAGCUGCGGCUCCACAACCGCUACCACACCGGGGAGCGGCCGUACAAGUGCGAAGAGUGCGGCAAGGCCUUCAUUCAGUCGGGGUACCUGAAGUCGCACAUGCGCAUCCACACGGGAGAGAAGCCGUUUAAAUGCGACGUGUGCGACAAAGGCUUCCGGUUGUCUUAUCACAUGAAGAAACACAAGCGGACUCACGCCGGCAAGCCCAAGAGCUACGUGUGUGAGGAGUGCGAGCUGACCUUCCUCCACAAGAAGUCUCUCUGGGAACACUCGCUCUGUCACGACGUCAAAGUAGAACCAUCGUUCACCGGCGAAGUGAGGAUAGAGUUUCAAUAGAAAUCCUCCUUUUUUUUUUUUUUUAUUCAUGCAGGUUGUUUUCAUUUAUUCAUUUAUUUCAUCCUCAAAUUCUUAAUUUUCUUUUUGUUAUCUGAUUUUGACCAAUUUGUGACUUUGUUCUUCUUUUCCCUCCUCGUUGCUUCGCAUGUUCUUUAAAGCAGUUUGUUGUUUGUUUGUUUCUGCUUUUUGAAAUAAAUGUACCUUGAAUG